AGGCCCCACCCCCUGAUAGCCAGGCCGGAAGCUGGAAUCCGGCUGUAGACAGUGAGGCUUGUAAAAUAUUCCAGAAGAAAUCAUGACAAGGUGGGCCCGUACAAGUACCACUCAUAGCAAAAAGCCUCUAGACGCUACACCAUGGGAAGAUAUGAAAAAUGGAUCCACCAGUGGAACAGUGAGGAAUAAACAGCAAAAUUAUUCAAAUACGCUUUCUUUAAAGAAUGAUCAAGUGAAGAAGAAGAAUAAAAAGAAAAAGGACUAUUUGAAUGAAGAUGUUAAUGGAUUCAUGGAAUACUUAAAACAGAGCUCACAGGUUAUACAUAGUGGAAAGGUGAGAGCAGCAGACAGCCAUGAGAUGAGGGAAGAAGUAGCAACAGCCUUGAAGAAAGAUAAGCGUCGGGAGGGAAGAAGAUUGAAGAGACAAGAGAUGAAGAAAAACACCAUGGUAUGUUUCCACUGUAGGAAGCCUGGCCAUGGAAUUGCUGACUGCCCAGCUGCCCUUGAAAGUCAGGAUAUGGGUACUGGAAUCUGUUAUCGAUGUGGAUCUACAGAGCAUGAAAUCACCAAGUGUAGAGCAAAAGUAGAUCCAGCUCUUGGGGAAUUUCCAUAUGCAAAAUGUUUUAUUUGUGGCGAGAUGGGGCAUCUGUCAAGGUCAUGUCCAGAUAAUCCUAAAGGACUAUAUGCUGAAGGAGGCUGCUGCAGGCUUUGUGGAUCUGUGGAACACUUUAAAAAAGAUUGUCCAGAAAACCAGAACUCAGAUCAAGCAGUAACAGUUGGUCGAUGGUCCUAUGGAAUGAGUGCAGAUUAUGAAGAAAUUCUAGAGAGCCCUAAACUACAAAAACCAAAAGUAAAAGUACCAAAAGUUGUUAAUUUUUGAUAACUGCUCUCAGACUACAUUAAACAUCAUUUGUCUUCUGA